GUGGCUCCGAUUCCUGCCAAAACCUACCCUUCAACGUCCUUCCAAUUUUCAAUCGAUUCAAAAGGUCGUUUAAAAUUUGAAAUUUCCCCAUCUCCCACAGAUACUGUAGUUGGAAAAGCUGGAUAUAUUUCCCCGGAAGAACACGAAGGACUUGUCCGAUAUGAUGAGUAUUAUUCAGAAGACGUGGAUAUGUUUGCCUAUACGAAUGGGAAAUAUCCAAACCAGUUUGGUGCUUGCCAAUUGAGGGAUUACGGUAGAUUACGGUACAAAUUUGUGAGGACAGUGGGAUAUGCGUUUACAGCAGUGUCGAUUCCGGAAAACUUGCCAAUUUAUUCAAUCUUUGCAUAUGACGAUGGCCUUCCUGAGCCAACUACCGGAAUCCCAACAACUCUUGGUCCAAAUCAUUACAUUUUCAAAACCAAUCCAAUUUGGACAAUUCUCAAAAACUCCACAAAUGGAACUCAAGGAGUUGGAUCCAUCAAUCUUCCAUGGACCCCACCAAUCAGUGCAUCUCCAAUUGAACCCACAAAUGUUUGUCUUUUAACUGGUAACGCUUCAAAAGAGCUCUCAAAGUGUGGAGACGUCGAUCGAGUCCUUCAAUUCUUUGACAAAACUCAUGUCUACAUCGGAUUCAUUGAUUCUGUCGAAGGAUCUGUCGACACGUUCAUCUAUUCUUACCUUGGAUACGUAUUCAGAAGUCAGGAUAACAAAUGUGGAAUUCCAUUAAAACCGAUCCGAGAGUUUUAUAAGGAUGGUGUAGGAUCCACGGUUUAUGCUGGAGACGACUACGAUACGUCUUCUGGAUUCAAGCCAACUGGGAACGUCAUAGGAUACACUAUCGAUUGUGAAGAUGCUCCAGAUGGUCAGAUAGUUAUUACUAUUCCUGAAGGACUUCUUUCCACAACAUCUGAAUCUACCACAUCACUCCCUUUCUCUUCUCCCCAUGAAUUCUACGUGGAACCCGUGAAAAUUGUCACUGCUCCAUCAUCCGGUGGUGAGCAAGGAUACUUUUUGGAUCCAGAAAACCCCAAUCCUGACGACGUGGAUAUUCUGGAGACCACAAAUGUUUGCUUAUUAACUCAGAAUUCAUCGGUAGCGGCUCGAUGUGGAUAUGCUAGUAAUCUUUAUUUGUACUAUGACAUCAUCGACAGAUUCUAUUUUGUUGGAUUGUAUACUUUCGGGAGAAAUGUAACAGAGAAAUUUAUUGGAAUUGCGUUUGAGAGUGAAGAGAAUGUUUGCGGGCUGAAUUUGGUACCGAUUCGAGAGCUCUAUAAGGAAGGAGUCGGGUACUCUGUAGUUGCUGGUGACGAUUACUCAUCUCUUCUGGCUAAUGGAUACAACAUAACUGGGAAUAUAGCUGGGUAUACUGUAGAUUGUAAAGACGCCAAGAAUAAUUAUGUGCCGGGAGAUUUGCCAAAUUAUGAAGUCACAACUGUCCAAGUUACAAGACCAACUGUUCCUACCUCUUCUCAUAUGACUUCUGAUUCCCCGACGUCAUCUUCAGAAUCCACUUCAACAUCCACCCCCAAAAAAGAGGGACUCUAUGUCCAUCCAAUUGUUAUCGUUGAAAAACCAACUGCCGAAGGAGAACAAGGUUAUUCCUAUGGAUCUAAUUCUACAGUAGUCGCUGAGACGAAUGCUUGUAUUUUUGUUGCCAAUUCUACAGUACUCUCAAAAUGUGGAUCUACAAAACCGCUAAAUUUGUAUUACGAUAUAGAAGAUAAAUUUUAUUUUAUUGGAAUUCAUAGUCAAAGUUGCAGUAAUGAGAAACAUAGCCAAAUUGGACAAGCAUUCGAGACUGCUGAAAACGUUUGUGGAUUGAAUCUUGUGCCAAUGAGAGAGUUGUACAAGGAAGGUGUUGGGUACUACAUCGUGGCUGGAGAUGAUUAUUCUUCUCUCAUCUCGGAUGGCUACAUUCUUACUGGUAACAUCAUGGGAUAUAGUGUAGAUUGCAAAGAUGCCAUCGAUGAUUUUGUUUAUGGAGAUAUUCCCAAUUCGGACAUCCCAACUCUUGCUACAUCUUCCAUCCGUACUGAAUCUCCAGAAAUUGCUUCUAUCUACGUCAGACCCUUAAAUCAGGUUUCGUUCUACAACGGUUAUUACGGCGUUCGCCUUGAGCCAUAUCUAAACAGAAGUUGGAUUCCUGUUUGUAUUUUCGUCACUAAUGAAACCUUUCUGUCCCACUGUGGAGACACACAACCUCUUUAUCAGUACGUUGUGAAUGAUCAUGGCAAACAGUACAAUUUUUUGGGAUUCGAUACUCUUGGAAGGACGAAUGUCACAAGUAGUAGACGUGUUGGUGUGGCAUUCACAUCUGCUGAAAAUUCUUGUGGACUGAAAUUAAGACCGAUGAGAGAGCUCUGGAAAGAUAAUUAUGGUUACAAAGUCGUCGCUGGAGAUAAUUACGCUGAAUUCAUUGCUGUUGGUUUUAACCUAACAGGAGUGAUAUUUGGGUAUACUGUAAGAUGCAAGGAUCCAUCGCCAAGAAGUAUCUGUGCCCAAGUUCCGGAUAGUUUGAAGCUAACUACAGUAUCCACGGAGGAGCCGAGCACUGGGAAGACUACAAAGGCUACAGAAGCUACAAAAGCUACAGAAGCUACAAAAGCUACAGAAUCUACAAAGACUACAAAAACUAUAGAGGAGGAGCCAACAACCACUGCAAAGACUACAAAGACUCCAGAAGCCAUAUCAACGAAACCAACUACGAAGAAGCCAAUAACUACUGUUCAGACUACGAAGGCUACAGAAACUACAAAAGCUACAGAAGCUACAAAAGCUACAGAAUCCACAAAGACUACAAAAACUAUAGUGGAGGAGCCAACAACCACUGCAAAGACUACAAAGACUCCAGAAGCCAUAUCAACGAAACCAACUACGAAGAAGCCAAUAACUACUGUUCAGACUACGAAGGCUACAGAAACUACAAAGGCUACGAAAACCACAACCACACCUCCAAUCGCUUAUGAUUUGAACGCACCACUACCGAAACUUAGCUGUGAUACUAUUGAAAAUUACGGUGACCUCAACAACAGAAUGGUUCUAUUCGAAAGAUAUAUGGAGAUUGGAGACAACUUCACAAUGACGGGAAGCAUUUGGGACAAUCCUCAAGAAUGCACCAUGAAUUUGUACUUGUGGGAUAAUCCAAGAUAUCUACAGUCUCCGAUUUUGAUGCAUAUUAAUAUGAGAUGGUGGAGAACUGAUAUAAUUUAUAAUUACUUUUUCGGAAAAUGGGACUACAGAAUGGAAACCUUCUCAUCUCGUCCGUUUGUCAAAGGAAUGCCAUACGUCUUGUCGAUUGUAAGAGGAACAAAUUACUAUGAUGUUUAUGGAAAUGGGCAACAUAUCAAGAAGUAUAUGCUGGCUGGAGAUGCGAAUGUUCAUCUUGUUUCAGGAAUGUUAGGAUACCAACAAUGGACUAUUGAUACCGUUCAGAUGGACUGCGCCCGUCUACCAAACACUACACCUACAACUCCAUCAACAACUUCAACAACGACAACUACUCCAGGACCAACUACUACUCCAUACGACUUGACAGCUCCUUUGCCAAUUCUGGACUGCAACACUAUUAGAAACUACGGUGAUCUCCGUUGGCGCACAAUCAACUUUUCUCGUGUUAUGGAGGUUGGAGACAAUAUCACCCUAACUGGACACAUCUGGAAAAACGCUACUCAGUCAACCGUCAACUUCUAUCUUGGUUUCAAUCCAGUGUACCAAAGAUCCGUGGUCCCAGUUCAUAUCAAUCAAAGAUGGUGGCUUUCUUAUAUCAUUUACAAUAAUUGGAAUGGUAAAUGGGGACAACGGGAAGAUGUUUCAGUUCGACCAUUCAGUAAAGGAAUGCCAUUUGUGUUGUCUGUUGUAAAGACAGCCAAUUCCCAUAUUGUAUAUGGAAAUGGGAUGGAGUUGAUCAAUUUCUGGAAUCGAGGAUCGCAAGCGGAAAAUCGGAUUGGAAGUAUGAUUGCGUAUGAGGAUUGGACUAUUGAUUCAGUUACAAUGACUUGUGCCAAUCCACCGACCUCAUCAACACCUUCUACAUCUACACCAACAACUCCAGAAUCAACUACAACACCACUCGAUCUAUCAUCAGCUCCUUUGCCAAUCCUAGACUGCAACACUUUGGAUCUGAAAAAAUAUGGAGAUAUUCGUUAUCGUCCACUCAACUUUUCCCGUCUAAUGGAGACGGGAGACAAUCUCACUCUAACUGGAUACAUGUGGUCGAACGCUACAGAAUCCAACGUCAAUUUGUAUGUCGGCUUCAAUCCGGUUUUCGAGAGAACGCAAGUUCCAGUUCAUAUUAAUCAGCGAUGGAAUCAACAAUGGAGCAUUUACAACAAUUAUGUGCCUGGUAUUGGCUGGUCUAAGAAUGAAGUAUACUCUAAUCGACCAUUUGCCAGAGGAGAGCCAUUCGUGAUGUCUAUUGUAAGAACGUCAAACUCCCAUAUAAUAUAUGGAAAUGGGACCCAGUUGAUAAACUUUGGUUUCCGUGGGUCGAAUGAGAUUGGAAGUUUGAUUGUGUUCAUGCAAAUCACAGUUGACACCAUUUCUAUGAGAAAGGAACGAAGUCUCCGGCAUUGGCAGAACGUGGCUUCUUGGAAAGACAGAGGGUUCGGAGAAAUUACACCUGAAAUGCGCGGAGCUUCUAAGAUUCAGGGAAUCGAUUCCGCUUACAUGAACACAUUUGCAUCGAAAAGAAGCCCCUUGUCAGAAGUAUUUUGA